ACUUUCUUCCUUACCUUCCUUUUUUUAAUUUCUCUCUCUUAUGCGGCUCUCCUUUUCAUCAGAUCAUCAAUGCCUCAUAAACCUUUGAAGAAGAAAACCAUUCGGCCAACAACAGCAACAUAAAGUUUUAAACUUUCCCUUCAGAUUCCCUCACUUUCUCUCUCGAUUUUCCCAAGAAAAAAAACAACAAUGGAGAAGCCUCGUUUCGUGAGUUGUUCUCUUUUAGUUCUUUGCUUGGCUACUUCCCUUGUUUCUUCUCAAACUAGCCCGGACUCUCCGGCCAUGGAAAAACUCAAGGCAAGCUUAAAGAUCCCAUCUUCCCUUGAUUGGUCUGAUUCUGAUCCUUGCAAAUGGGCUCAUGUUGGCUGUGAAAACCAGAGGGUGACCAGGAUUCAAAUUCCCAGUCAAAAUGUUGGUGGCACCCUUGUUUCCGAUAUCAAAGAUUUGUCUGAGCUUAAAAUCUUUGAAGUUAUGAACAACCAAAUCAGUGGUCCAAUCCCAAGCUUUGCUGGUUUAAGCCAAUUGCAAGAAGCUAACUUUCUCAACAACAAUUUCUCGUCUUUCCGUCAAGAUUUCUUCACUGGUUUGAGUUCAUUAUCUCGUAUUUAUCUCGAUUACAACCCUUUCGAGCCUUGGGAGAUUCCAGAGGGUAUAAAGGAGGCAACUACCUUGAUAACUUUCUCUGCCAACAAGGCUAACAUCAAUGGGAGAUUUCCAGGUUUGUUUGACUCUGUUACUUUCCCAGGUUUGCAAGAAUUGCAUGUGGCCAUGAACAAUCUCGAAGGAGAAUUGCCUGCCGGGUUAGUCGGUUCUGGUAUUCAGUCUUUGUGGGUUAAUGGGCAGAGUUUGAAUGGGACAAUCGAAGUGAUACAGAACAUGUCUUCUUUGGUAGAAUUAUGGUUGCAUGGGAAUCGGUUUUCCGGUCCCUUGCCGGAUUUUUCGAUGUUAACAGGUCUGCAACAUUUGAGCCUGAGAGAUAAUCAGUUCACUGGUGUUGUUCCGAUGUCUUUGCUUAACUUGAAGACAUUACAUAUAGUGAAUUUGACUAAUAAUGAACUUCAAGGUCCAACCCCUAAGUUUGCUGAUGGUGUAAUUGUAGAUAUGACUCCUGGUAGUAACAGAUUUUGCUUGGAUGAUCCUGGUGUUGCUUGUGAUGAUCGUGUUAAUGUAUUGUUGUCUAUAAUGGAAUCGGUUGGUUAUCCGGAGAAUUUCGCUGAUAAUUGGAAAGGAAAUGAUCCUUGUAACAGUUGGUUGGGUAUCUCUUGUGCCCAAGGAAAUAUUGUGUCUGUUCUCUUUGCGAAAAAAGGGCUUACCGGUAUGAUUUCGAGUAAUUUUGCUAGCCUUACUUCUUUGACAACCUUGGAUCUUUCUGGUAAUAAUCUCACCGGGACGAUACCGACGGAGCUCACUACAUUGCCGAAGCUCAAGCGAUUAGAUGUUUCAAACAACAAGCUGUACGGGAAAAUACCGUCUUUUGGAUCGAAUGUGUCUGUAAUAAUUGAUGGUAACCCUGAUAUUGGAAAAGAAAGGGAUCCUACACCGGAAAGUAGGUCCCCUGCUGGAUCUCCCAGUGGCGGUGAUGGUAGUUUAUCUGGGAAUGGUGAAAAGAAAUCGAAAAUGGGGACGGUUGUGGGUUCUGUAAUCGGUGCAGUUGGUGGCUUGGGUCUUGUUGGUUUGGGUGUUUGUUUGUAUGCUAGAAGAGGAAAGCGUGCUGGUAGAGUGCGGAGUCCAACUACGGUGGUCAUACAUCCUCAUCAUUCAGGCGACCAAGAUGGAGUUAAAAUCACCGUUGCUGGAUCUAGUAUCACUGGUGGAAGUGAAACUUUCAGCCACGUGAGCAGUGCACCGAGUGAUGUUCACUUGGUUGAGGCUGGCAGCAUGGUGAUUUCGAUUCAGGUUUUGAGGGAAGUGACGAAUAAUUUCAGCGAGGAAAAUGUAUUGGGCAGAGGUGGUUUUGGUACAGUUUACAAAGGGGAAUUGCAUGAUGGGACGAAGAUUGCAGUGAAAAGGAUGGAGUCCGGCGUCGUGAGUGAUAAAGGUUUGGCCGAGUUUAAGUCCGAGAUUGCAGUUCUCACUAAGGUUCGUCACCGCCAUUUAGUCACACUUCUUGGAUAUUGCUUGGAAGGAAAUGAGAGGCUUCUUGUUUAUGAAUAUAUGCCUCAAGGGACCCUUAGUAGGCACCUAUUCAACUGGAAUGCUGAAGGAUUGAAACCACUCGAAUGGACUAGACGACUUACAAUUGCACUUGAUGUCGCUCGUGGUGUUGAGUAUCUACAUGGUCUGGCACAACAGAGUUUCAUUCAUCGAGACCUUAAGCCAUCUAAUAUUCUCCUCGGAGACGAUAUGCGAGCCAAGGUUGCAGAUUUUGGCUUGGUUCGUCUUGCUCCUCUGGAUGGCAAACAGUCUAUCGAAACAAGACUCGCAGGAACAUUUGGGUAUUUAGCCCCAGAGUACGCAGUUACGGGACGAGUAACAACAAAGGUAGAUGUAUUUAGCUUCGGUGUCAUCCUCAUGGAAUUGAUCUCAGGUCGGAAGGCGCUCGAUGAAACUCAGCCCGAGGAGAGCAUGCACCUCGUGACAUGGUUCCGUAGGAUGAGCUUGAACAAGGACACAUUCCGGAAGGCCAUUGACGUAACCAUCGAGCUCGACGAGGAAACAGUAUCCAGUGUUAGCACGGUGUCCGAGCUGGCUGGCCACUGUUGUGCAAGGGAGCCCUACCAAAGGCCAGAUAUGAGUCAUGUGGUCAACGUGCUGUCAUCACUAGCGGAACUCUGGAAACCUUCAGAACCCGACUCCGACGACAUAUACGGCAUUGACCUCGAAUUAACCUUACCACAAGCAUUGAAAAAGUGGCAAGCAUUCGAAGGGAGCAGCAAUUUGGACGAUUCUUCUUCGUUUCUAGGCAGCACGGACACUACACAGACCAGUAUACCAUGCCGGCCACCCGGGUUUGCAGAUUCAUUCGCAUCGGCAGAUGCUCGAUGAUAGACACAAAGAAACAACUCAAGUUCUAGUCUCAGUCCAUAGUUCUCCUAAUAUAAAUGUUCAUUUCGUCAUUGUCGGCAUCGACUAUAGUUCGUCGGAGCCGAGUUCUUUCUCCCGUUUAUUUAAUCCUGUAGUUUGAACAACUAAACUUUUUUCAAAUGUAAUCAAGAAAAACCUUAUGCUGA